CUUUUCAAAAGUUGCGUGUGUAACGCAUUCGAAACUUGUUACCAACUUUCAAAUCCGAUAAUUAGUUUGUCCUAAUCUCAUGCUUGUGUUAUUUCUGGUUGUUGUUGACUGAUUUUCAUACUGAAGGUUUUGAGCAGUUUGUGUAAUGAAUCAUGAUUCGUGUGGACGAUUUCAAGCAAGCUGAAUGUGUUUUUUUUCUCAGCCUCUGCUUCGAACGGUAGCAAGUAAUCAUUUACGAUGUUUUGCAUCCACUCAUGCUGAAAAGCCUUUCUUUCUUACGUGUCCAAUAUUUUACGUCAAUGCAAAACCUCAUUUGGGUCAUGCAUAUACCACGUGUUUAGCUGAUGCCUGGGCAAGAUAUACUUGUUUGCGUAAUCAGUCAGUACUGAAACCUUUCCAAGAAGAUUAUGUUGCAUCCACCUAUUCGUUUGUGUUCGAUUACUGUGACCACAGUAAAACGUUUUUGUCUUGUGGAACUGAUGAACAUGGAUCUAAAGUUUGCCGCGCUGCAUCUGUCAAUAAUAUUGAUCCACAACAGUAUUGUGAUCAAAUGAGUCCUUUGUUUCAGACUCUUUGUCAUGCUACUCAUGUAAAAUACAACGAUUUCAUUCGUACCACUGAAACUAGGCAUGUGAAAGCUGUUCAUGAGUUUUGGAAGCGUUUAAACGCCAGUGGUAAUCUUUAUCGAAGCAAAUAUUCUGGUUGGUAUAGUAUUUCAGAUGAAGCAUUUUAUAUGCCAUGGGAAAUUGACGAAACCAAUUUGUCAGGAGUACCUGUGUCGAAAGAAACUGGCAAUCCAGUAGAAUGGAUCGAAGAAGACAAUUAUAUGUUUAAACUGUCAUCAUUUAAAAAUGAUUUACAUAAAUGGCUAGAUUCAGGAGUAUUUCCUAAAUCAUCCAGUCAAUCAGUUUGGGCUGAUAUAGCACAUAAUAUUGUGGAUAAUGUUCAAGAUGUAUCUAUAUCAAGACCGAAAAGUCGUUUAGAUUGGGGUAUAAAAGUUCCUGAUGAUGAUGAACAAACUAUCUAUGUUUGGUUGGAUGCUUUGGUCAAUUACUUAACAGUUACAGGUUUCCCAUGGUCGAAUGUUAAUGAUGCUAAUUGUAAAAAACACACUCUUUGGCCACCAGAUAUACAGUUUUUAGGAAAAGAUAUAAUACGAUUUCACGCGGUUCUGUGGCCUGCGUUACUAAUGGCUGUUGAUCUACCGUUACCACGACGUCUCAUUUGUCAUCAUCAUGUACUUAUAGACAAUGUCAAGAUGUCUAAAAGUAAAGGUAAUCAUAUUGACCCGAUUGUUGAACAAUCUGCUUUAUUAUCGGAAGAAUUCAACAAUCAUGUUAUAACACCGGCUGAAUCAGAUAUGCUUCGUUAUGUAUUACUUCGCCUUCCUUUGCUUACAUUUGAUGGUACUUAUAGUCGUGAAAUGGCUCGUAAAAUGAUUAAUACAGAACUUGUUAAUUGGAUUGGAAAUUUGCUUUCUCGCAUUACAUCUGAAUCUCUAAACCCUGAACAUUCUAUCAUACAAAUUACUCGUGAACAAGUGGAUCACAUGUUUCAUAAUGAUAAUAUGGAUAUAGAUUUUCUUAACAGUCUAGAUAAUAUUUCUCAUCAUUUCGACCAACUUUGGUGGUAUGAAGCUCAACCUCAUAAAGCUAUUGAAGAAGUCUUACGUGUAAUUCGACAAACCAAUGCAUUUAUUGAUCGUCACAGCCCAUGGACUGAACGAGAGCCGUUAAGAAGGCAGUCUGUAUUAUCUAUAGUAUCUGAAUCAUUAAGAAUAUGUGCAUUGCUUCUGCAACCAGUUAUUCCAAACUUAUCCAUUCGAUUGUUACAUCGACUUGGUAUAUAUUAUGAAGAGAAAGAAGAACAAAAUCAAUUGAAUAUUAGUCAUAGAGUACGUGUUCUAGGUGAAAAUACAGGAAAAUUGCUUCGUAAACUUUAGUAAUCUUAUCAAUAAUAAUAAUAGUUUUUACUUCUUUUGAUGUAAAUUGUAAUCUUAAUGUGAAAUAAUAUCUUUU